AUCGUUCAUCACUAUUACGUACCGUGUUAGUCGCUGAUACAAACUGUAGUAGUUAUAAAUUCAAAUAUAAAUUAUUUAAAGUCGUGAGUUGGGUCCCCGAUAAAAUUUUUCAGAUGUCUGGAUACGAUUCUCGCAGCGACGGACCCGGUUUCGUCGGAAUCAGAUUUUGUCAAGAAUGUAAUAACAUGUUAUAUCCAAAAGAAGACAAAGAACAUAAAGUAUUAUUGUAUGCAUGCCGUAAUUGUGAUCACAGACAGAUGGCUGACAGUAAUUGCAUUUAUGUCAACAAAAUUAUGCAUGAAAUCAAUGAACUUACUCAUAUUGUUUCUGAUGUGACAUCUGAUCCAACUUUACCCAGGUCUGAAGACCAUCCAUGUCCAAAAUGUAAACACCGCGAAUCAGUCUUUUUUCAAGCUCAAACUAGACGUGCUGAGGAGGAAAUGAGAUUAUAUUAUGUAUGCACUAAUCCUCAUUGCAUACAUCGUUGGACUGAAUCAUCCAUCUAGUUCAAAAUACUUUGUAUGAUAACAUAAAAUAUAUUUAAACUUAAUGAUAAACUUAUACAUUUUCAUAGAGUAAAUGAAUAACAAAAAAUAUC